AUACCCAACCCAUUAUCAAUGGGUCUACUUGGGUUUGGGUAUAAUUACCCAUGGGUGGGUAAUUUGCCAUCCCUAGUCCCAAUCCUUGCUGAUCCUCAAUGUCUCGACCAGAUUCAACCGAACGAACUUCUAUCUCGCCUUCGGAUGACGAUGGAGGGCGUCGAAGCCCACGCCAAAAGAUGCCCUUGCAGCUCGUCGAAGCCCAAAACCACGCAAUCCCACCGGCGCCUGGUGGUUCCCGAAGAAUUAACCACACAGGUCCUUCUCAGGCUUCCCUCUGCAUCCUCCAUCCACCGAUUCCGCUGGGUCUGCAAAUUGUGGCGACGCCUUCUCUUCGAUCCCGAUUUCAUCUGCCAAAUUCUCUUCGACGAAACCAGUCACCACCGCAACGACAAGGCUCGGAUUCUGGUCAUGCGCAAGGACGACGACAGACCUUACACUUCGUUCUCUUCUCAAACACGCUCCAACCAAUCAUCUCUUACCCUGCAUCGUCCCCGACCGAAUCCCCUACCGCAAUCCUAGAAUCAUAGGUUGCUGCCACAUAAUCUUCUGCAUCUACGGCGCCUCCACCGACCCCGAUUCUAGAAGGUGUUCUUGAACUUGAAUUAAUUUUGAGAAAUAGGGGUGAGGUUAGGUCAUUAGGUUUAAGGGAUUCAGUAGCUUUAGGGAAUAAAAAUGAAUACUUUUUUUAUUUUUAAUGGUAAUAAAGAUAAAGAGCUGGA